AUGGGAGAAUUCAGUUUAAGUCCUCAUCCGUAUGACUUUGAUAUUGUAAUGCCCGAAUGUAACCUCUCUGAAAACAUCGCACCGUUUUUUGAAAAUCAAACGUUAACGGAUGUUAUACUUUCUGUGAAUGGUAAAGAGUAUCCUGCCCAUAAGGUUGUAUUAGCUGCUCGUAGUCCAGUUUUCUGCGCCAUGUUCACCCACAGUACAAAAGAAAGCGAACUCAAUCGUGUAGAAAUUGAGGAUAUUCACGAAGCUGUUGUGGAAGGAAUGUUGAAAUACAUUUACACCGGAAAAUGCGACGGUUCAGACGAAUUGGCCGAAGGAUUAUUGGCAGCAGCCGAUAAAUACGAUUUGCGUGGAUUGAAAAUUAUAUGUGCGAAGAAACUAAUCAGGGGAUUGUCUGUUGAGAAUGCAACGAAUGUUCUUAUAUUGGCAGAUAUUCAUCAUUAUGAAGACCUAAAACGUCACGUGAUCAAGUUUAUUGUUGCUAAUUGUACUGAAGUGUUGAACACUGAAGCCUGGUUAAAAAUGCAUUCAUCCAAUUUCAUAUUGGCGAAUGAAGUUUGCAAAGCCAUUGCUCGUAAAUGA